ACUCUCACCAGAACAGCUGGGACAGCAAAGUAGCAUGAUAUCAGAACUGGCAGGUGGAGUUAGAGCUACCGUUUACGUUAAGCAAUAUAUUUCGUGUAUUUAAUUAUAGCCGAGAGAAGUCCCGGUUGAUCGCGAUUUCCUGCUCUUUGUGCGCAAACUCCUAUUAUAUAGAUUUAUGUGUUGGUAAGUCCGGUGUACCGGAGCCGAACCGGGAGUGGGGGAAACACUUUGCCAGCAAGGAGGAAUAUAUAAAAACAGUGUGCAGGAUUUCGCCGACCAACUCAGCUGUGCAGUGUUGUCUGUUUUGUUUUUUGCGUUGCUUUAUUAGAAAGUACACACUGUUGUCAAAAUCUGUAGCUAUAUUAGCGGAGUGGAAGGAAGGGGCUCUGUGGCCCCCGUCAUGAUCCGUGUACCAAAGGUGGUGGCCCCGGCGUCGUCGCACCGGAAAACGGCUACACUAUGCUUCAGCGAGACUGAGCUCCUAAUACCCGCAUCUACAGUCUCAUUAUGUAGCCCUCCGGUUCAAUGUACUGUUCUUGGUCAGCUGUCCGUUUCUGAUCCUUCUGGACGGGGUUGCCGUUUGUCAGCCACGCCGCAGGGACCCGAUCUCCGAGGAGCCACUGCUACCCUUGCUGCUCGAUUGCCGGCUAAGAGAAAAUUGGACCUUGAAGGUAACGACCAUCAGUAUUUAGCAAACUUCAGAACCCCGAAAAGAAAGAAAACCACCACCCGCCUUCCCAGUCCUAAAACCCCCAAGUCUCCAGGUGAGAGGACACGGUAUGAUACAUCACUUGGACUCUUGACAAAGAAGUUUGUUCACCUCCUCAGCGAGUCAAGAGAUGGGGUUUUGGACCUGAAUCAUGCUGCAGAGGUUCUGGAGGUUCAAAAACGAAGGAUUUAUGACAUCACCAAUGUACUGGAAGGAAUCAAGUUGAUUCGAAAGAAAUCUAAAAAUAACAUUCAGUGGAUGGGGACAAACCUCUUGGAAGAUUCAUCCAAUAGUGUUAAGCAGCAGCACUUGAGGCAGGAACUUUCUAGUUUGGAUGUGGCUGAGAAGAGGCUAGAUGAGCUAAUCCAGAGCUGUACGAACCAAUUGAAGAUUCUAACGGAUGAUGAGAGAAAUCAGAGGCUAGCGUAUGUAACUUAUCAAGAUAUCCGUUGCAUCAAGAACUUCCAUGAACAAACUGUGAUUGCUGUCAAGGCACCACCGGAGACACGGUUGGAAGUUCCUGAAGUUAGUGAGAAAAAUCUACAGAUCUAUCUGAAAAGUGUGAAUGGUCCAAUUGAGGUAUACCUGUGCCCAGAUGAGUUAAUAGAAGAAGGCAGUCCAGUGAAGAAAGGAACAACUCCAGUUAAGGACAAUGUCAAUAAAACGCCUGCUCCUUCCCAACAGAAUCCUGCAGAAGUGCCGCCACAGUCACAGGAAUCAUUGACUACAGUGCUACCAGACACGCUACUAGAUGUGGAAGAUGGCAUCUUGGAUCUCCCUCAGGGUCUUCUGCAGCAAACAGAGGAUCAGCUGCCCUCUACCUCUUUUGUGGACACACCUUUUGUCAGCUUCUCUCCACCUUUAGACCAUGAUGAUUAUCUCUGGAGUUUAGAAGAUGGGGAAGGUGUUAGUGACCUCUUUGAGUCCUAUGAUCUUGGUGACCUCUUAAAGAACUGAUAUUUUUUUCUCUACUGAAAUUUGCAAUGGUGCUUUUUCACAGCCUAUAGCUUCAGGGGAAAGAGCAGAAGCAUAUUGUCGGUCUGUGGAGUUUCUCUGUAUUCUGGCUAAUGGUUGUUGGAAAGACAUUCGUACCCCAGGCAAACUUUGUCUACAGAUUUUGCAACAAAGGAAAAAGGGCAGGUCACAUGCUGUACCAGGAGCUGCUAUUUUACCAGAUGUGGACCUUUACUAAAGCUACUUUAAUAGCUUUAAAUUAAAUUUUUUAAGAAUUUGCAUUUAAGAGGGAUGAUGCUCUGUUUUCUUCUCAUCCAACACUGACUGUCAGACAACACAAGAUAUUUGCAACUGUCAAAUGUGUAUAUGAAAUACACAGUGUAGACUGGACUAUUGCCUGUACUGAUGGGAAAAUGUUUCUAUCUGCUGCACCUUUAGGUGUACCCUUAAAAAUGUUUACUUUCAUAUGGACACGCAUGCACUAGUUAAAGUACGGAGAUUUGGAGUUGAAAGCUCUGUUUUGAAAGCAUUCUGCAGUGCCUUUCAAGUUAUAUUUUGCUGAUGGCAUUAUCUUGGUGACACUGCAUCUGUGAAUGCUUUUCAUAGUUAGGUCAUAUUGUAUAUAAGCACCGCAAAUGGCUGUAAAUAACCCAAACCAUAUCAUGGUUGUAUAAUAUUGUAAAUAUGUAGUAUUAUCCACAAUGUAGAGUCGGUAGAACCUGUGAAAAUAGGAUUGGCUUCUCUAGCCUGAUACAGCAGCUAUGUUUUGUGCUUUUAUUUAUACUUGAAAUGUUCCUGUAGUCAGAGGAACCAGUCAUGUUGCAUGUCACCACUCAAAACUGUCUUCCAGGGAGCUGUUGAAAUGUAUGAUGUUUCCUGCAGGUGCCUUCAGAGAUUUCUGUUCUGUAAUCUCAGGGAAGUUGGAUUAGGGAAACAAAGCUCCAUUCCCCUAAACCGGAAAAAAAGCAGAAUCUUUUUGGAGGUUAUUUAGAUCUGUGGAAGAGUGGAACUGCAGGGGAAAGUUGGGAAUUGAUGCUAAAAUGGCUGGUCUUUUUAGCAUUGUUGAAGUAAAGUACUGAAAUCUGUGCACCGCUUAUUUUAUGCAGAAUGCUGUCAUUACAUGUACACCUGGGAUGAGCUGAUCAGUCUGACAUCCACCAAGACAUACAAGAUGGUUCUAAUAUUAAUGACAUUGGAAGAGUCUGAAUUAAGUUGAAGAUGCAUUCCACAUGCAUACCAUUUUAAUACUCUCUUCUUUAAUCACGCAGUUGCAUAAUUGUCCUGCCAAAGUCUUGUAUUAGCUUAGAACUUCUGACUCACUGCAAAAGUAAGGCCAUUAAAAAAAAAGGAUACAAAUCUGUGCCAAGCACAGUAUGCUAGCUUUAAACUGAUGAGGUUUAAUGUGUAAUGAUUACUCAAAACUUGGAUUCUGCCUUUGCAUGUAUGUAUAUUUUGGAUUUGCUGUUAAUGUGCAAGCUUUAACCUCUACUGAUGUGUAACAGGAGCAUUUCUUGAGUGAGGGAAGGCUGUGUACUAAGCAUACUAUGGUGUUUCCAUUAUGUGAUGAGUUGGAAUUUUUCCAGGUUAAACUUUUUCCACUACUUGACAUCAACAUAUUCCCUUAGCUAUGUGAUUUAUCGUUUAGCAUUGGGGGUGCUGUGGGGGUAAUGUUUGUCUGAAGAUUUUGUUUGGCAUUUAUUUUAAUCAGUUCAGUGGAUUUGAGGAUGGGAAGGGGUUAUGGGUCUAUAAUGCAUAUUGAAGAUGACAACAGUGUGUGUAAUUUGAUAUUUCCUAGCUAGGCAGAAAAUUAUGCCUAGCAUAGUCUCCAUUUUCACUACAUCCUUACUGUUUCAAAAGAAGGAACAUUUGCUUUGUAUACAUCUGGUUUGUAACUGAGUAGUCUUUACCCUCCCCAUACCGUCCAUCAUGUCUAGUCUUCAAAACUAGAAGUGUGUUGUCCAUAAACUGCACGCCUCUUAAAAUGUGAACUACAUUUACCUUCUCACUGGUUCUCAUAGUCUGUCUUAAAUAAAUUUUUUUUCUGCAGCAUUCCUUAUCCACCAAAACCUUUGGCCUAUCCUUCUGUUACAGGCUUCUUAAAAUGAGAAGGUCAGCUCUGUUUCUGGCUUACUGUUGGCCUCCGUUUUUGAUUCCAUGCUGUAAAUGCAUGGGUAGGCAAGGUCAGAGCCUUAACUCCUACUUUGCACUUAUCUUAAGGCUGAAACUUUAGUUGAUAGUUGGAUGGUGCCUUCUCUCACUCUCCCUCUUUAUUCUAUUCAUUUGGGGAUUGCUACUGUAGAUGCUAAGAAGGUAUCUAAAGUCUUGCAUAGUUACCACAGCACCUCAGCUGAUGACUUCACAAUAACAUAGCUUAUUUAUUUUGCUUUCCAUUAAGUUGGAUAAUCUUAUUCCUGUACUUGGCAUCAUACGCAUUUGUUUGUAUGCAAUACUUACUCUGUUGUUUUCAUUGUGAUCCAUCUGCUUUUCUGUUUUUUAGGCAUUUAAUACCUUUUGAAAUCAAAUAAAACCAAAACAAAUCACAUGGAACUAGUACCAAGAGUAACACAACUAAAAUAUCAAAAAAAAAAAUCUCCUCGAGGCAACAAAGUACCAAAGUGAAAGAUUUAAUGUGGCGCUUUCAUCUCCAAGACAUACCAGACUUCAUCAGAAGUCAGACUGCCAUGAUAUUUUGUCAGUUAGCUGGUAGGGCUUGGGAAUGUAUUGGAUUUUCCCAAGGCUGUCUAGAGCUUCCAACAUUUUCUGCCUCCAACCAAAGUCCAGGUCACCUUUCUCCAUCCAUUUUACUUUGCACGUCUUACACUUUAAUUGUGUUAACUAUGUUUCUACAUGUAUUGGAUAACUUUCCAUAAGGGUUUAUGGAACUGUAAGUCAUACUGUGAAAUUGAAUAUUCUUUUGACAAUAGGUCAUUAGAUUCAAAUUUAUUUCUUUAAUUUUACUUUUAAGCAGCAAAAUCAAAAUUCUGUGUGAAUUUAUCAAUAGUACUUAGAAUUUCUUGUCCCAGUAGAUGGCAGCUUAGGUUACAUUAGUUAAGGGGGGUGUUAUUUACCCUGAAUCUGCACAAGAAAUAAGCUUCCUUAGCAUUGUUUUCUGUUCCAUGAAAAUUUCAUCAUGGGGUUUUCCUGCAGGUACCAGGGGGCAUAUACCAGUGUUUAAAAGCAGUUGUAUAGAGAAGAGCUGUCCUGAUUAUUUUUUAAGGACAUUGGUGUAAUACAGGCACAGCUUAAAGAAGCUUGCACGUGUACAGCAUGAGGCCUGCCUAUUCACUGGCAUGUUUACUACAAUCAUCUGCAUUAUGUAGCUGUAUUUUGUCCUGUUACAGGACUGACUGCUAUAUCAGCUUGUUUUAGGGAUGUCUCAGCACAGAGAUUUGAAAGGAGUAUGGUUUCUGGUCUGCCCAUUAACUAGGGAUGGUUCCCCUUGGUGUACGAUUACAGAUGGCACAGUUGCACAAUGUCUGAGAAUGUAUUUGCAAAUUGAGGCAGCCGAGUGGCAUGACUGUACUGACUCUCAGCUCCAGAAUUUGGUGCUUUUGGUUACAAUUGUGUCCUCGCAUGUCUUUUUUAAUGGUUUUGUUUAGCUACUUCCAGUUUCCAUGUUUCUAGAAAAACGUUAUAUUUUGACUGCUGUGAGUUGUUCAUGAACAUUGAGUUGAUCAUAUGGCAACAGACCUGAUGUCUGAAAAAGGUCUAAUGGGUUCAGUCACUGGUUAAUGAAGUAUUGCAGUGGGUCAUACUGACACUGCCAUGCUCUAUUCUCCUUUCUUUUCAUUCUUUGAGAGAUGGUACUCCGUGAAAUCUGGUUUGUUUAACUUCAAGCACAUACAGACAGGUAAAUAAAAUUGUUUGACUUUAAUGCUUAAAAGCUACUUUAUAUUGCAGAUCCUACAGAAAUUGAGAGCUCUUAAGUCCCUGCAGCUCAGAGAUAUGACUGUGGAGAGAGGUACCAGUCAGCAGCCUGACAGCAGAAUGCUGUACUUAAUGAAGAUAGGCCAAGAUACAAUCACCAGGCCUAAGUCUGUAGUGCACUGUAAUUAUCAAACCAGUAGAAAUCAGUGCAUGCGUUUCUGUGGUCCGAUUUCAAGGUGGUUAGAUGCUUAAUCCUGGAGAUGUUCUUUAAGUAAUAGUAUAAAUACCUGGCCUUUCACUGCUAAGUUGAUAAAUGAAUAGAAUUUUAGAAAUUUUGGCAGAAAUUCUUCAGGCUAUGAAUGUUUGAAGAUUAAUUCUUUAUGAUUAAAUAUGAUUAGCACUUGGACUGAUGUGUGAAGUAUCCAGAUGUUUAGAAAGGUCUACACAAUCUGGAUGAUUAUUUUGACUAAUCUGCAAGCAAGAUGAAACAAUUGUAGCUGGGCCAAGAUUAUGCUUGCAGGUUGUGAAAUAUAUGCUUGACAUUAAUUCUUUAGGACUUCAAUACAGUAUCUCUAGUGUGAAGAUACAUGUCAGAUCAUUGCUUGGUCCAAUGGAAGCUUUCUGUCCAUCUGGGCAGCCUUAUUUGAGAACUGAGCAGCAAGCCUCAUUCUGAGCAAAAAUAUUUCCCCUUACUACACAGGUAAGAUGUAAAUUCCUGUACCUAACCAGCUCAGGACUGGAUAUUUUAGAGGGAACUUUCAGUUCUUGUGAACCAGAGGCAGGUUAGAAGAAAACUUUGCUAUAUCCCCAAACUAGAGGUAACAAAACAAAUUUGAAAAAUUUGCAUCCAGCAAGUGACAUUUUUGACAGGUAGGUGACAUUAACCACCUUGGGGGGAAGGGGGAUGCUGCAUCCUUGUAUAAUGACUGGGAAACUAGUCUCACUCUGCCCCAGGUGUGUAUGUGUGUGUUACCCAAAAUGAUUUGCUGUUUAAGCACUGAAUCAGUAUAUGCAAGCUCCUGUAGGAUUAUGACCUUUCAUGUAUUCUCUAAAGCUUUAUUCCCGUUUCCAUGGUAAUGGAGGAUAACUAAGGUCCUUGCAGUCUGUUUCCACAGAUAAUUGCAUAGCUGGUUGUAGCUAUGAUGUUGUUGGCAAUCCAUUUGUUUGCUUUCCAUGGUCUGAUUGACAUAAGAUUAACCUGCUCAAAUAAGGCCUAGUCAGCAAUUGUUGUAUAGGGUCAGCAGGGUGGGAAAGAAGUCCGUGACCUUCAGAUGA